CAGCGGAUGAGUGUGGACUCCAGAGUGACUGAAAGUUUUAUAAAGUUGAAUCGGGUUUGUUCCGGACUGUUCUGGUGAGACGGAGUGAUCCGGGUCCUGGUGUGAACGCCCCCUCUGCCCCCGGCGGCGUGUCGCUGUUAGCCUGUUAGCUUGUUAGCUUGAGAGUCUGUCAGUUUCCAUGAGAACAUGUCGGCAGGAGACCUGAGAGACGAAUUUCUCUACAAACUGCCGCCAUCCGUCUCCUGGGACUUCUGUCGGGUCAUGGACGGACUGUCAGACCUGGACUGGACCCGCUUCGCCUCAGAGGUCCUCGGUGAUCAAACCGCUGUGCGAUUGGCUGAGAGGCGGGAGAGGCGGACUGACUGGGUGAUGAACCAAUGGGAGAACAGGAACGGUCGCAUCAGGGAGCUGAUUGACCUGCUGGAGCGUCUGCAGCUGCUCCGUCCUCGUGAUGUCAUCCUGACCUGGGCGUCCAGUCUGAAGCCUUCAUUCCCUCCUCCUCCUCCUCCUCCUCCUCCUCCACCUCCUCCACCUCCACCUCCUGUCUCUCUCUCUCAGUUUGACCCCCCUAACAAACAGUCUGAGACCACGGCCACAUCGAGCACCUGCACACUAAACAUGACAGGAGGAGGAGCUCUCCCCAGACCGGCCCCGCCCCCUCCCAAUAUGCACUCUGACCUCCUCCAAGCCUCUAAGGUCCUUACAGUGAAGGUGGAGUCCAGCAGCAGCUGUGGUGUCAUGUGCUGGGCAUAUGAAGAGGUGCAUGCUGGGACGGAGGGGUUCUCUCCCUCCCUGCAGGUGGGCGAGGGGGGGUUUGGCGUUGUGUACAGAGCGACCCUGAGGAACACUUCCUGUGCUGUCAAGAGACUCAAACAGGAUUGCCUGUUGGACUGGACUCUGCUGAAGGAGAGCUUUCAGACUGAAGUGGACCAGCUGACAAAGUUCAGACAUCCAAACAUCGUGGACCUGCUGGGCUUCAGUGAAGGACCAGGAUCCAAGUGUCUCAUCUACAGCUACAUGGACAACAGAUCCCUGGAGGACCAGCUGCACAGUGAGUGUGUGUGCCUGUCCUGGUCUCAGAGAGUCAGUAUUGUUGAAGGAGCAGCAACAGCUCUCCAGUUCCUUCACUUUCCUCCUGCAGGAAACCGACCGCUGAUCCACGGAGACGUCAAGAGCUCCAACAUCCUGUUAGACCGUCACCUGGUGGCGAAGCUGGCGGACUUCGGUCUGGCCCGGUUUGCAUCUCGCGGCGCCCCUGAACACUCUGUACACUCUGCGGUUCAGACGGUGUCCGUUGGUAAAACGGCGACGGUUAGAGGAACACUGGCAUACCUGCCCGAUGAAUACGUGAGGGACGGCGAGCUGGGGACUGCCGUCGAUGUCUACAGCUUCGGAGUGGUGCUGCUGGAGGUUCUGACUGGUCGUCGAGCUCUGGAGAACCGGGAGUCCAAAGAGAGAUACCUGAAAGACCUGGUCAAGGAGGUGGAGGAAAGUCCGAAUGGUUCGUCUGCAGUGUUCUGGAGGAAACAGCUGGACCAGCGGCUGGUCUCAGGGGGCGCUGCAGAGCCUGUCGGGUCUAUGGAGAUUGUGGCUCUGGCAUGCAGGUGUCUGGACAGAAAGAGGAAGAAGCGGCCGGCCAUGAAACAGGUGUUUGACAAACUUCAAGACGUCCACAGCAUGGUGGGGGAGACCAGCUCCUCCUCCCCCCACCUUCACCCUCCUCACCUCCAUCUUCAGCCCCCCUCACAGUCCCUGUCUACACCCCCCUGCCCACUGGACUCCAGUGUGGGAGUUCUAUCCCAAGGCCUGUCCACACUGGGACCACUGGAGGACACCUAUCAGCCAUCUCAGUCCUCCUCAUCUUCUUCCUCUUUCUGCUCCCUAACACAUCCUCACCCACUACUCUCCUCCUCCUCCCUCCCUGUCUCCCCCUCCUCAUUUGCUGGUCCGUGUGAAACUGAUGAGAGUCGAGGCUUUUCCCAGUAUGACCUUCGCUCCCGGUUCAGAUCCAGCGAGACCAGCUGCAGGUCUCUGUCUGCAUCCACCGGAAACCAUUAUCACAGUCAAACUGGGCCUGCGCACUCCCAGUUCAGCCAGCCUUCUGUCCCCACUGAGGACCAGUACAGUUUCCCUCCCCAGCCCAGCAGCACCAGUGAUGUUACAGGAGCCGAGGCCCCCAGAGGACCGACCAGAGCCGGAGCCGCUGCAGGGCUCCAUGGGGUCCCAGAAUCCCUCUCUCCUGUGGGGUCCCUGCACUCGUCGUCCCCGGGGUCCUCAGUCCAGAUGAACUCCAGUAAGCAGCGGUUCCUGAAGAAGAAGAUUAUGUACGACGAGGGGAAGAUCGACACUCAGGAGCUGCUGUCAUGUGAUGACCUCUAUGGAGGUGAUGGAGGUGGUUUGGACUUCAGAGGACCGGAGGAGAGCGACGAGCUCGAUUAUCUGCCUGCUAAACAUGACUGAUGGACGGAGCUUCAUCUCACGAGCUCAACAUUUAUAUCAUAAUGUUAAAUUAAACGUCUGAGUCGUUCAGCGUCACACUGACCCGUUCUCAGGUUCUGAGAGGUUCUGCUGGUCCUUUAGAGAGGAACAGGUUCAGUGUGACUGGACCCAGGGGUCGUGCUCCACUACAUCAUGUUAACAUAACAGAAACUACAGAUGCAUGCAGAGCUGCGGCGCCAUCUGGUGUGUUUGUUGGAUCUGAAAUGAACAUUUUAUUAUUUGUCCUGAAGUGUUGAAAUAUAAAUAUUUUAUUUUCCAGUCCAGCUGAUUUAUAUUAAUUCUUUUAAUGUUUUGGUUGUUUGCUUUAGAUUUGAGAUGUCAGCAGAACAUUAUUUUAUAUAGAAACAGGCAAUUAUUGUUUUAUUUGUUGACUCAUGUAAACAGUUAUUCUCCAUCAAACACAUCUCUGAGUCUCAGAAGGUGAAUUAACAAAAAUCAACUAUCGCUCUUUGUGGUAGUUUCUGAGAGCAACGAUCAAUAUCACACCAACACUGGGACAUUUACAUUAUUGACUAGUGAAAUCUGAGCACAUGAAGCCAAAACUGUUUCUGCUGACUGAACGAGCGCAGCAGGUCCAGAACGUGUCCAUCCACACCUGCACAGUGUGACCGACAGCUCAAACAUUACUGUGCUGCUCACCUGUCUCACACUCCUGUGUCAACAGACUGAAGGUAUAAAUACUCAAACACGUGGAACUGUUGGUUCUGGGGCUCCUCGUGUGUCAUCAUGUCUUCAUGGUUGUGUUCUGAAGCGAACCGGAGAGUCACCUGAACCACUGUCAGUCAGUCAAACAUCAGAGUUGAAGAGUCAAACAUUUUAUUUUGCAAAUCAAUAAUCUGGAACAGAAAUCCUCGUGUGUGCGUGUGCGUGCGUGCCCUGCAGGUGGCGCGCUCUGCCCUCACAAGACAACAUGGCGUCCUCCUUAAUAAACAUGUAUCCAUUG